AUGCCAAAUGAGGGAUUGAUUUUGAAUAAAUGGAAUCAUUGUUUAUGGAUUGGGACUGAUUUGAUAAAGCUUUGCCAAGUUAGGUCGAUCACAAAGGCUCCAACAUCACGAAGGGGCGUCGUCUUCAAAGGGACAAUGGAGAAGGAACGCGAACGAAGACUGAAGAACGAAGGGAGAAGCAGCGAGGCGGCCGUGACUUCGGACGAGAAGAAAGAGACGAAACAGCGGGGAAAAGGGGAUUUCAGUGUUGUUUCUUCAAUGGGUGGGGUUGCAGUCGGCAUCUCCGAUGAACCCAUGGUGGUUUCUUUUUCUUCGCCUGUAGCAAGGAAUCGGUGGAAUGAUCAGCUGCUACAGUCGUUGAUAAGGGCUGUUCCGACAGCGAUUCGUGAGGGAAGGCAGGGGGGAUCAUCUCCGGUGGUGCUUCUAGGUGUGCUCCGGCCAAUCAGGAAGAAGAAAGGUAAGGUAGUAAAGGGGAAGGCUUCAACGAUUUACAGAGCGUGUUUGGGUGGUACUCGACAGGAAAGAAGGAAGAAAAGAGGUUGUUACAUCCUUGUUUCUACCAGAAAUCAACACACCUCAGAUGUGCUUCUUGGCAGCCAUUUGGAGAAUGAAGCAAAGGAAGGGAAAGGAGAGGUAUUGCCUCUUUCUCUGGUGAUCCGAAGGGUUGGAGAUGGUGGCAGCCACAAGUUCUUCUUCCCUUGUCGCUGGUAUCCGAGAACAUAA